AUGAUGAUGAUCAACUCUCCACCACCAUCAUCACAAACAACAACAACACAAUCAGAUUCAACAAAACGUUUACGUUUAACUAUUCCAAGAAAUAAUAAAACCGACUUAUUAACUAAUUCUAACAGCAUAUCACCGGAGAAAAUUAUUGAUGAAAAAAGAAAUCAUACCCAAAAAAAAUCUAUUGAUUGUAACAAUACGAUGACAACAAUGAAACAACAAUUAUCAUCAUCAAUUGACAACGAAAAUGAUACAACACUACUAACUACCACCACAACUACAACAACUGUCGAAUUUAAAGUUAAAACAACCAAAACAUCUUCUUCACGUAAACGUAAACUAAACAUUGAUGACGAUAUGAUAAAAGCGAGUAAUACAACUAAUAAUGUUGAUAAUAAUGAUGGCGAUGACGAUGAUGAUGAUAAUAUCAUCAAAAAACAACAACAACAACAACAACAACAACAACCAGUUAGUAAGAAAAAGAAAAAACAACGGUCAACAAAUAAUGAUACAAUUACAAAUGAUGAAUCAUUCAAUACUGAUAAUGAUCAUCAGAUGGAUACAAAAACUGUUGAUCAAUCAUCUGUAACUGAUGAGUCUUCGUUUGGUUCAUGCGAACCCGGUACAAGUGUUGUUUUGCAGGGCAUUGUUUGGAAUGAAACAGAUAAAGGUGUUCUUGUUGUUAAUAUCACUUGGCGAGGCAAGACUUAUGUUGGUGCAUUGCUCAAUACAACUGAACAAAAUUGGGCUCCACCUCGUUAUAAAACUGAUGUUCGCCCAAGCAAACAUAAUCGUCAUAAUCAUCAUCAUAAUCAUAACCGAGAUUAUUUAUUAUCAUCAACAUCAUCAUCACAUUCAUCUGUUCAUUUGCAAGCAAAUAAUGAUAUUUUAACAAAUGAACCAGCUGAAAGAAUUUUGCGUAAUGGUAAACGUCGAGGAACUUAUACAACAGUAACACCAACUCCCACAGCAACAAAUUCAACAUCAACGAAAUCAAAUUCAUUUAAAGUUCCUGAAGCACCACCAACAAAAACAGAUGGAAUAUUGAAUACAGAAAAACUUACUGAUAAUACUUCUGGUGUACCAUCAUCGUCAUCAACGAGUGUCAAUGAUGAAGAUGAUACAAAUUCUAUAUCAGGCGAAAAAACUCCUGUAAGAAAUGGUGUUGAUGAUGAAACGGGUGAUAAUUGUUCAAGUCGAAGUGUUAGUCCAACGACAAGUGGUGCAAGUACAACAUCAUCAAGUCCACCGCCAUCUAUACAGGAAAAAUCUAUUUUGCCAUCGACAAUAAAUAAUAUCGAACAACAACAACCACCACCACCACCGCCACCACCACCACCUCCACCACUACCACAGCAACCUACUUCGAUACCGAUGGAUUUAUCCAAUUCAAGGACGACAAUCAAAAUUGAAGAAAAUUCUUCAUCUUAUAAUUCAAUUCUUCAAGCUCCAUCACCUUCAAAAUCUUUAUCAACAUCAAUCACGCCUUCUUUCUUAUCAUCAUUUACAACAAAAAGCUGUAAAUCAAAAACAAAAGAAACACUAUCAACACCACCUUCUUUAUUAUCACCACAUCCUUUUCAUAAUGGUUUACUUUUUUCGCCGCCGGGUAAUCCAUCCGGUUAUUUUCCUUCACCACCACCUUCAUUUUUACAUGGACCAUCAAAUCCAUUUGGUCUAUCACCAUUUCAUCCUCAUCAUCCUCAUCAUCCUCAUCAUUCGCCAACAUCAUCACUACACAGUAAUCAUAAUAAUAACAAAAAUAAACUAUCUCCAUCAUCAUCAUCAUCACCAUCCGCUUUGUCUCCUUCAUCCUAUUUAACGAUUCCUCCGCAGCUUUAUUUUAAUCCAUUGACAGCGCCUCGCUUUCCGUCUGCCUGCUCUUCUUCACCUUCAUCUAAAUCGUCACGCUAG